GAUACUGGCAGGUUUUUAACUUCCGGGUGACUUGGCAGGAACCGCCUCAGCGUGUGGCGACUUGGGGCGAGUUCUCGGCGGAAGCGGUGCCGAUGGUAAUUGUUAACGGUUGCAGAGGUGAUUGCUGGAAGAACACUCCUUUUCGACCGACCUCGUCGCCAGAUCCAAAGAUGAUUUCAGAGAGCAGUUCCUUCCUGAAGGGUAUAAUUCUGGGUGGAAUGUUCUAUUUGUUUUUCACUCUCCUUGACAACCCUAAAAUGGGCGGCCGAAUGCAAUCCCAAAAGCAUGAACAUCACCACCUCAAAGUCCCCAACAAGGACGAACUGUUGAAACUUUCAGAGGCGAAGCGAAUGGAGCUCAGCCAAAGUAUCCGGGUUUUGUGUCUCAUCAUGGUUAAAACGAAAGAAAUUGGUUAUUGGGCCUCUGUGGUGGAAACGUGGAGCAAGCAUUGCGACAGAGCUGUUUUUUACAGUUCUGAAACCAUAAAGCCCUUUCCAUCAGUUCCCCUCGGAACGGAAGACCAGUGGAUCGGAACGAGAAAAGCCUUCAAGCAUGCUUAUGAAAACUACAAGGAUGACUAUAGCUGGUUCUUUUUGGUGCAGGCAACUUCAUUUGCAAUUAUUGAAAAUCUUAAAUUCUUUUUGUUAAAUAAAGAUCCAAGAGAGCCGUUCUACAUUGGCCAUACAGUCAAAUCGGGUAAUAUGGAAUAUGUAGAAACUUCUUCGGGUGUGGUCCUAAGCGUAGAAGCUUUAGAAAGGCUGUAUGCAGUUAUGAGCGAUUCUGUGAAAUGCCCUGAGAAGGGGACUUUACUGUGGAAGAUGUCAGAAGAAAAGGAACUUGCAGUAUGUUUGAAAUACACGGGAGUAUUUGCUGAAAAUGCAGAAGAUAAUGAAGGAAAGGAACUGUUCAACUCAAAAAAUGUAAACACUCUCAUUGAGGAGGCAAUGUCUAACAAUCAAAAUGAAGUCGUGGAAGGAUGUUGCUCUGAUUUAGCCAUUACUUUUCAUGGAAGUUCUCCGAACCAUAUGCAUGUUAUGAUGUAUGGGGUUUACAGGCUACGACCAUUUGGCCAUUCUUUUAGUGAUGCAUUAGUUUUCAUACCACCUGCAGAUUCUAUUAAUGAUUAAAUUCCAUCUUGCUUCCACUGCAAAGGCAUCCUAGAGUGUGAAGUAUGAAAACUGAAGAAGAAUUUAAGAUACUUCUGUUACUAUUUCAUGGGUUCUGAGUUUUGUAAAACCUCAUCGUUUCUUAAUGAAGAUGUGCCUUCAUUCUUAAUCAGUUUAAAAAUGAAUUGUCUAACAAAUUGGUUGGAAAAUACUUUAUGAUUACUCUCAAUGUAAAGUUUCCUUCAAUUAUGGGGUUAGAUGGAAAUGCAUUAAUUACUGUAUAUCAGGGAAGCCAGUGUUCUGGGAGACUGGAGAACAUUUUGCUGAGCAUUGAAAAUUUUUGUAGACUGCUCUGAAAAACAAUCAUUUAUUCUUUUGAUGGGAGUUCCAAUAUAAGCUGGGUAACUUAAUGAGAUACUGGUAUUUAUGACCUUGAGACUGGUGUUGGAAGGGUUAAAUUUUGAACAAACUUUUUACCUUUGUAGUCAUGCAAAUUUACAGAGUUCAAAUUGUAUUGCUAAUUUAGAUAUUGUGCAAUUUUAUGAAACUUUGAUGUUGGAUAAUGUAACAUUUUAAUUUGAUGUCAAACUGGUCGAUCUCAUAAAAUCAAACUGUAAGAACACUAAAUCUCCUUCUCUGCAUUUUUGCAUUAUUAACUGGAAAUUACCUGGUCUUUGGAUGAGAUUACUGCCACUUAAACCAAAAUACAAUUUUUGAUGUCAAGAUUGGACUUGUGCUCAUGACUGCAGUUGCAUUUUCUAUUCUCAGCCCAGAAUCAGGUUUAUUAUCACCGGCAUGUGACGUGAAAUUUGUUAAAUUACUCUGUGUGUGUGUGUGUGUGUGUAUUGAAUAGAUUAAAAUGGUGCAAAAUACAGAAAUACUGGAUAUU